AUGGACUCAACAACAGCAGCAACAACAUCAAAAUUGACUGCUAUACCAAUAACUUUAGAUAAAAUUCGAAAUAAAGUUGAAGAACUUGAAAAAUUGAUAUUAAAAUAUUUACAACAUUGUACUCAACAUAUAGCUACUUCAACUCAAUGGAAUAUUCAUUUAAUAUUAAAACCAAAAAUAAAACUUUGGUCAACAAAAUAUAAAAAUUUACUUGCAGCAACAAAACGAGUAGAAUAUGAUUUACUUCCAAAAUUUAUUGAGAAAGUUGAUUUAUCUCUUAAAAUUGAUGAAUCAAUUAUAAGUCAAGAUAAAGUACAAGCUACAUAUAAUCAAAUGCGUCAAAUUACUAAAGAAUUUCGCACACAAGCAAUGCAUUAUAUCCGAAAAACGAGUCGAGGGCGAGACAAACAAACAACAAGAAAAAUUAAUUGUCCCGACUUUUAUUCGAUCGCUGAGCGAGGAAUUCUUGCUCCAGCCAUAAUUAAUGAAGCACAAAUUCAAUUAACCGAGGAAAAACAUGAACUACUAAAAUUAGGUCCUCGGUUUAUAUAUAAUGAUCCAAAAACGGCAUCUCGACGACGUAUUACUGAGUUGGCUACUCUCAAAGGAAAAAUUGAAGCUCGUUUCUUUGAAAAGAAAGUUAGCCUCGGGCGCCCAGUCGAACAAUUUAUUGCCGAAUUAGAUAUUUUGUUUCAGAAAUUAUAUGAUACCCCUGCAAAUCAUCGAAAAUUAAGAAAUAUAUCAAAUCAAAAUAAUACACAAAAUAUUACAUAUGAUAAUUUAGUUUCUAUUAUAGAACCAAGCCAAUCCCAAGAUAUAAAUUCUUGUAUUAUUACUAAAAAGAAGAAAGAUUAUAGACGAUUAAUUAAACGAAAACUUGACGAUUAUCGCAAAAAAUCAGAAGAAUAUAUGGAUAAAACAAAAGCCUACAAAUGUUUAGAUACCGAAGAUCCAUUACCUGAUCUAAUUCGUCUUGAACUUGCUCAUUUAUAUUAUUUACCUAAAGCACAUAAGCCUGGUACCCCUCUUCGUCCAAUUAUAUCUGAUCUUAAACAUUCUAUAAUUAAAAUAUCAAAAUUUCUUGACGAAUUACUUCGACCUUUAUUUGAUAAAAUGGCUUCAAAGACAACUGUAACUUCUGGUUUUGAACUAGUUAAACAGUUACAAGAAUGGUCGAAAAAUAAUAUGUGUCAAGAAACUUUAUUUUGUACAAUUGAUGUCGCAGACCUUUAUACAAUGGUGCCACAAACUGAAGGAGUACUUUAA